AUGAGCAAAUCGAUUAAUCUUGCAUUUAAUGAAUUUAAAUUUGGUGAUAGUUCACAAACAGUUAGUUCUUAUCUUCCAAUAUCACUUUCAUCGGAAUGGUUAAAUUUACCACAAGCGUUUGAAUAUCGAUAUGAUCUUGUUAGAUAUUUUUGGUGGAAAUUAAUAGAAUCUGAAAAUGAAAUAAUAAAAUUUAUUCCACCAAACAUAUUAACAAGUUCAACUGAUGGACAUUGGUUUAAUCUUCGAUGUUUUCAUGAUCAAGUACCAAAAAUAUUUAUUCCACCAUUAAUAAUACCACAAAUCUAUAAAUAUGAUAUUAUGAUUUCUUAUUGUCAUAAAGAUAAAGAUAUUUGUCAUCGUAUUUAUCAUUGUUUAAUUGAAAAAUAUUCUCAAAUACGUCUCAUUGCUCUUUUGUCAAGUUCUAAUGAUCAUAAUGAUGUUAAUGCUUGGCAAAAAGCUCAAUACUUCGUGAAUCAAAAAUUAUUAAUUGAUGAAGAUUUACCGGAAUGUGUUUAUUUAAAAAUUAUGAAAUAUAAAUAUUAUAACCGAUCUGAUGACAAUUUUUAUUAA